AUGUCGGAUUUAGGAAGGCGGUGUGGAGGUCAAACAUAUGCUGGCACAUGGAAUUUUACAGGAGACUGUUGGACCUCGCCAUUACUCACGCGCCAAUGUAUCCAUUGGAAGAUAUUAGAAGAGCGAAUUGAAGAAAAAACAAUAUACAUGACGAAUACAAUGUAUAUAAUUAGUUAUAAAUACUCAUUAGAGAACUCUCUAACCGCUACUGGCAUCUGCUCUUGCAUCCAAAUAUGGGACGUGGACAGAUUUUCACCAAAAAAAUAUACAAUGAAAAGUAUUAUGGGAAAUCAGAUAGCAAGGAGGGUGAUGGAUGAAGUAAAUGAUCUGAAGAAAAAAAAUAAAACACCAAAAGAGUCGACAAUGGCCAUAUCCUCCGCUCCGACUUACGGUGGUAAUCAGAGUCCAGCUUACUACCAUCAACCACCCUCUUAUCAACAACAACCAGAUUCUUAUUCACAUACGGGAAGAUCAACAGCUGGUUAUAGUCAAAAUCCCACUUAUCCAACCCUCAGACAACCGUUAGAAGAGCGAGAAAAGCAGAUUUGUCAACAACACCCGUGGAGUUUGAUUAUAAGAGAAGUAGGAAAAAUUGUUAUUGAUGAACUUCGUGAUUAUCGUGAAAAACGUCGAGAACAACAACAAUUUGUUGUUAGUGUUAAUCAACGAUCAAAGGGAAAAACUAACGAUUCGAUUAGAACUUCUUCUAUACCAGCGACGUCUUCUGUCGAAAUUACUAAUAACAAGACUUUUUUGGGCAAAAUAGAAUCUUCGAUUUCGAAUGUUGCUGGUGCAAUUGUUGGUCAAGAUACAGCUGUUUUGGCAUCCAACAAAUUGAAUAGUUUAGUAACAAAAGGAAAAAGCGCACGAGAGUUAAUCAAAGCCGGAGCUGUUAUUCAAUUAAUGUCAAAGAAUUCUGGACAACUAUUGCAAUUAGUUACAUCUGCAAAUGGUCUAACUUUCGACGGUUGCCAUCCAAGUGGAUCGAACGCAUUUAAUACUUAUUUUACUGUCGAAGAAAGUGACAAAGGACGAUUUCGAUUUCAUAAUAAUUUAAAUUAUCUUGCAUUUCGUCAUAAUCAAGCGUGUAUUAUCAAUCUCCCACCUGGAACACGUAAUAAUACCGAGGUUGAUUUUCGUAUUCAUGAUAUCAUUGGUAGUAGCGAUCUGGUUGCGUUAGAAUCGUGUUCAUGUAAAAAUUACUUCAUUAGUAUUGCUGGUGAUGGACAUCUGAAAACAAAGAACAUGAAGGACAAAAAUAUUGAUGCUCAAUUUCUCAUUAUACCAGUGACGAAUAAUAUUCCGUCUUCUUAUCCACCAAUGUCUCAGCCAUCUUAUAAUUCUUACCAAAAUCCACAAUCUAAUCCUUAUCAAAAUCCACAGUCUAAUCCUUAUCAAAAUCCACAGUCUAAUCCCUAUCAACAAAUACCACCAAAUCCAUAUUAUGACUCUUAUCAGCAACCUCCACCACCACUUUAUGGCUCACCAUACGGAACUUCUUCGCCAUAUAAUAAUAACUAUCCGCCUCCUCCACCAGCACAAACUUCAUCCAUAUAUCCACAAUUUCAAUGA